AUGGAAGACGCUCGGGUGGACUGUGCGGGGGCCGGUCGCAUGGACCACACCUAUUCUUUCUUGGCUGGAAUAGAUCUUAUGCGACCACCCUCGUCAAUUGUGAUUCCUGCCGAAGACCUUGACGCCAUGGCGACCGUGGAGCGACAGUACUGGGAGAUCAAAGCCAAGUACUUUGAUGCGCUCAUUUUCUUCAAAAGUGGAAAGUUUUACGAGCUGUACGGUCACGAUGCCACCAUCGCCCACCGGGAGUUUGGGCUGAGGCUGGCGCCGGAAUCCAACAACCGUCGCAAGAUGCGCCUUGCGGGGGUUCCAGAGCAAAGUUUCAGUGAGUGGGCGCGCCUCUUUGUUUUCCGCGGUUACAAGGUGGGUCGGGUGGAGCAAAUGAAAGAGGAGGCAGAGACGCCCACAGCCAAGACUGCACGCGCGAAGGUGCUCCAACGCGAGUUGGUGGAAGUUCUCACACCUGGCACCUUGACAGAUCCUGCGAUGGUGAGCGGUGCUGGCUCUGUUUUUAUACUGGCCCUCUGUCCUUUGCCGAAGGGUGGCGUGGAUGGCUUGGCGGUGGAUCUCUCACGUCAUGCGGUGUAUCACUGCCCCUGCGCCGCUGGGUGGAAUGGCGCGCUGCGCGAGGAGGAGGUGCUGCUCAUGCUGUGCGCCCUUUUGCAACAGCUCCGCCCACGUGAAAUCAUAUUUCCACGUCACUUCUUCACAAACGCCAAUCAACCCGAUAGAGGGACAGUGUUUGCCAGGCGCUUGGUGGAUUGGAUAGAGGACGAGGGGUUUCGGGUGGAGUUGGUGGAAGUGGCCCUCCCUGCGUCUUCACACGAGAAGUCUGACGGAGAAGACGUUUAUUUAGACGCACAUAUGUUCUUGGCGUACUACUUUCGGACGUUGAGGCUUUUUCACGCCGAGCCCAUCCUCUCAGAGGCCAAGCCUUACACCCUUCAUCUUCCGUAUGCGUCGCCUGACGCCAACAUCGUUCGCGGUCCUGCAGCCGGAUCUCCCGCUUCCUCAUCGAUAUUGUGGCAUGAACGACGAGAAGAUCGCGGGCUCGUGCUUGAUGCCACAACGGUAAGUAACUUGGAGCUGGUCAGUAGUCUGCGGGAUGGCGGGGAACGUGGGUCCCUGAACCAACUCCUCAAUCGCUGUUGCACAAACGGAGGAAAGCGCCUCAUGCGGGCAUGGAUUUUGCGGCCCUCUGCCUCCUCCCGUGUCAUUGUGGCUCGACAGGAGGCCGUGCGCUACAUUGUUGCGCACAAGCUGGACCAGUUCUGGGGCGAGGGCGAGGGCGAGGGCGGGGAGCCAGAGCCGACGCCACCGAGGGCAGCAGCGGCGCUCCCCACAGUGGCGGCGGGGGGCGCGUGUGAGAGGGAGCCCCGCUGUGGCGUGAAGCGAGAACGGCUCGUGGGUGGUGCGUUUGAGAGGCGAUUUGCUGGUCUUGUGGAGGUGGACUUUGAACGCAAUCUCUCUCGCCUGGCAGAAUUGAAGAGCAACCACGACUCCCAAGUGGCCUUUGUGGAUCCCCUGGUUCAGUACAAGAAGCAGUUUCAACUCAUUCUUGCCACCGUGCAGGCGUUUGAGGACAUGGUGGAGUGGUCGCGUGGGAUUCAAAAGGGGCGAUCGGAGCCACCGGCGCUCCUGAAGGAGCUUUGGGCGCAGAUAGAUGCGGCAGUCCCCGCGGUGAACUCCAUCGGGAGCUGUUUUGACCGCCAAGCGGCUCUUGCGUCUGGCGUGAUUGCUCCUUCUCGAGGAAAAUCCCCAGCCUACGAUGCGGCGUCGGAUAGCCUUGACGCCAUUGAGGCAAAACUACAGGAGGAGCUACGCCGGUUAAAGGAAGGCGUCUUUGCGGGUGCGGGGAUCAACUACUGCGCUAUUGGUAACGAUCGCUUUCUUGUAGAGGUGCCACUUCGUGCCGCACCGAAAACACCUUUGAGUGGGUUUCUUGAGCGGUCACGGAGUGGCAAGAGUGUCAAGUACGCUGUGGCCUCCCUUGGGCCCCUGGUAGAGGAGCAUAAGAAGGCAAAGGCGGAUAAAUCAAACGCACUUCUUUUGGUGCUACGAAAUGUGGCAUCGCACAUGUGUAACCAUUUCCCGCUCUUAUACGGCGCCACCGAGGCUCUCGCAUAUUUUGAUUGCCUCUUGAGUCUCGCGUCCUUGCAGAACUGUGGGAUUACAUCCGCGUGGCCCAUCGUGGAGGAUGACAGUGCGGGGGCACGUGUGGAUGCCGAGCAGCUAACCCAUCCCUUCCUCAGUAGAGACUCGGUGCCGAACAGCGUUCACCUCAGUGCGGCACAGGGGCGUAUUUUACUCUUGACGGGCCCGAACAUGGCGGGGAAAAGUACGCUUAUGCGCACCGUCGCGGUCAACGUCAUCAUUGCACAAAUGGGGGGGCCAAUUUUUGGUACGCUCAUGCGUCUUGCCACGGUGUCCCGCAUCUUUACACGUAUUGGGGCACGUGAUGCCUCCCACAAGGGACAGAGUACUCUCUACGUUGAACUGAGCGAAACAGCUGACAUCCUUCGUCAUGCAGACCCAUGGAGUUUGUGCCUGGUAGAUGAACUGGGGCGUGGAACUUCCACGCACGACGGUUACGCCAUUGCACACGCGACUUUGUCCUCGUUGAAGCGACGCCUUCCUGUUUCUCCGCUUCUCCUGUUUUCCACCCACUACCAUGCCCUUGCGCAGGAACAGGUUGGUGGGAAUCAAGCGAACGCCUCGUCUUCGCCGCGGCACCAGGGGUCAACAGUACAGCUGGGUUACAUGGACUUUUCCCUAUCGGACGGCAGAAAAGACGGUGUUUCGGCAAUCACAUUUCUUUAUCGUCUAGUUUCGGGCAUAUGCACACGCAGCUACGGGGUUGAGGUGGCUCUUUUGGCUGGCAUUUCCUCUUCCCUAGUGGGCACAGCGGCCCUGAAGUCGCACGAGCUUGCCUCGUGGAACGACCGGCAAAAAGACAUCCGCACCAUACGACAGUUCCUUGAAGCCACCAACGCAGCGCCGGUGCUCAAGAAGGAGGAGGAGAAGUCGUAG